AUGGAAGAUCAAGAUCAUGAUUUGGAUCAACUUUCAGAUGCUAUAAGACGACAGAGGGAAUUAGGCCUCAUGAUUGGAGACGAGCUAGAAACACAUGCUCAACUUAUUGAUGAGACAGAAGAAAUGGUGGAUCAAACAGACGAACGAUUAAGACGAGCCCGAAAAAAACUGGAUUAUGUGGGCCGCAGAGUAAAGAAUAAUAAAUCUGUAUGCAUAGUCAUUGCACUGAUCAUCAUUUUCUUCGUCCUUGUUGCCUUGUUUCGAUAG